GUAUAUGUCAGUUUGACAACUUGAAUCUGAAUGGAAAAAUGAACAUUUUAAAUGGCUUUAUUUACUUGUAGAAUCGAAAUUCUAUCGUUUUAGACACUUUCGAUCUUACAAGAACACGAUUAAAAUUAAUUCAUUAGAUAAUAUAAGUUAUAAUUAGUGGUUUUCCAUUUGUUGAGCGUUAUAAGCUCAAAAGUUUAUAAAUAAUGUCUUCGGGCCGUCCUAUCAAAUGUGUUGUCGUUGGAGAUGGAACUGUAGGAAAAACAUGUAUGCUGAUUUCAUAUACAACUGAUAGUUUUCCUGGGGAAUAUGUUCCGACAGUUUUUGACAACUAUUCUGCUCCAAUGGUUGUUGAUGGUAUUUCCGUCAGCCUUGGGUUGUGGGACACAGCAGGUCAAGAAGAUUACGAUAGGUUAAGGCCUUUAUCUUAUCCCCAAACAGAUGUGUUCUUGAUAUGCUUUAGCGUAGCCUCUCCCUCGUCUUUUGAGAAUGUAACUUCCAAGUGGUACCCUGAAAUAAAACAUCACUGCCCUGAUGCACCUAUGAUUUUAGUUGGCACAAAAAUAGAUUUGAGGGAUGAUAGGGAAACCUUGAAUUCAUUAGCAGACCAAGGACUUAGCCCUAUAAAAAGAGAACAAGGCCAAAAGCUCGCCAAUAAGAUAAGAGCUGUCAAAUAUAUGGAAUGUUCAGCUCUCACUCAAAGAGGCUUGAAACAGGUAUUCGAUGAAGCUGUGAGAGCUGUAUUAAGACCUGAACCUCAAAAGCGUCGUCAACGCAAGUGUCUUGUCAUGUAAAAGUUCUGUCUUAUAUUAUUUAUCUUUUUCUAUUUAAGUCUCUUUUCACCAGUGAAUUAAGGCGGUUUGAGUUGCUCUGUCAUAAUUUUUGAAUGGAAUUUCAAAAAUGAACAACAUCAUAUAUUUUGUACUGAAAAUCAUUUCAAUCUGAACAUUUUAAAGAAGGAAAUUUUUUCCAUUCUCAUUCAUAUUUGUUGAGUUUUUAUUCAACAUAUUCAAUUUGAUCCGUAUUGUAUUAGUAUAUUUUGUUUUAGAGGAAAAAAUUCUUCACUUCGUUGAUUUCCUAAAAUCCGUUCUGCAUUCAAAAUAGUGUUAUAAAUAUUCACUCUGAAUUAAGUCGCAAAUUUCUAUACAUCUCUGUUCAUACAAUAGACUAAUAAUUUAUUGUUAGUUUAUGGUUCGUGCAUAAUUUAUAUUUUAAUUUCCCACACUGAUAUCUUGAAAUGUAUGUCAGGUAAUGGUGAUAUUUUUUCACUAACAUUUUUCUAUCAUCGAAAAAAACAUCGAUUAGCUUGUUCCUAAAAGCCCCAUCCAUUGCAUUUUAGAUAUUGUUGCAUUUGUGAAAUUUAAAAGAUGUCUUGUUGGUGAAUAUACUGAAUACAUUUCCCCCUUCAAUGAUUGUACGAAUGACAUAAUUCACAGUCAAGUAAGCUACGGAAUUUUGAAGGUUAAUAUUUUAUGCUUGAGCAUACAUAGCCUACUUGACGAUGAAUUUUCGUGAACUCACAUUAUUUUCCAAAAUAUCGCAUUUUUGUUCUCGUCGACAUGAUUGCUACAAAAGUUAGUCAUAACCUCUACUGCACAAGAUUUAUCAUGAAAAUAUAACCCCAGUAAACUUCUCAUGCCAAACAAAAACUCAUUUUUUCUCUAGAAUCACAAGAAUUGAAUAUUAAAGGAAAAUGUUCACUAAAAAAUCAUUCAGAUGAUUUAAAGAUGAGCACGGAAUAAGAAAAAACUCACUGGUCACUGUUUUUCACAUUCGGCUUUCGCUGAGUUGUAGUCUUCCUUAAUUUUCGCAGUUUCUCGACAUCCUCCAUUUCAAGUUGAUCUCAAAAACGAUAUAUUUGACAUAAAAUCAUAAUGUUACAUAUUUGAAAAGAAUCUUUCAGGAGAGAAAUGUGAGUUUGUUGAUAUUCUGAUGGCAGCAAGACAUUCGUGUAGCUUUCAAUCUUGAAUCCCUCCUAUUUGUUUCAUAAAUAUCAGUCCUGUGCAUGGAUUAUUCAUAUUUUUCAUUAUCUCGUGAAAUUUUUCAAAUAAACACUGGUUAGGUUCUCAUAAAUAAUUUUUAGUAGAUAAUGAGAAUAGAUAUUUUUGUAUGUCAAUUACAUAUAAAACAAAUAUUAUUGAUAUGGUAUUUUAUAAAAAAAGAUACUAAUUUGUGCCAUUUUUCAGUUGUUUUUGGUAAUUCGUAUCAAUACUCAACUCGUGUCCAACAAAUUUUAAUGUUGAAAUGGUAUAUGAAUUUGAAAAAAUGGGUGAUUGUUUCACUUCUUUGGGUCUCGAAUAUGAAUCAAAUGUAGCAAACAAUGCACAUUUUUUCAUGAACCUGAGUUACUACAUAUAGAAACAAUUCAUUGUAUGUGUUCAUUAUUAUGUUUUCUACUUGUAUAGAAGAACUUCGCCAAAUUUCACACCUUUAAAUGUAAAAUUACGAUUAUUCCCAAUGUAUGUAGUAACUUGUGUUCGGUUUGAAUUUUUCAUUGAAUCAAAAUUGUUGAUGAGUUCUCUACACUAAUAUAUAAAUGACCAAAGUAACGUUGUUUCUAGUCACAAUUCAAGAAUUAAUGACUGCACACAAUCUCACAAACUUUUUUAAUUUUGUUUUAUUAUAAAAAAUUUGACCGAAUACUUUACAUUCGUAUGUAAAUUUAUAUUAUAAAAAUUACAAUACA